GACAUCAGUUGUGCAACAGUCACCACUAUGAUCGGAAGACUGGCUGCUUUGAUUCUUCUAAGUACGAUGUCUUUUAUUCAAACUGCAGAUGUUUCUCAUCUCAGUUCUUUGACUGUGGUCGACACCGGUGAAAAUGUGACUUUACUUUGUCCAGUUUUUCAAAAGACAGAGACAUUCUUGUACUGGUACAAACAGCCUCUUGGACAGAUGGUCCAAACUGUCGCCUCUGGAGUUUUUAACAACGUGCAACUUCGCAAAACAUUUGCGAACUCUCGCUUCCACAUCACAGAAGCAGGUGCUCAGUAUCAGCUGACUAUUACAAAUGUCAGCAAAGUGGAUGAAGCCACAUUCUUCUGUCUCAGUGGAACAGCGUAUUCACAGCGUUUUUCUAAUGGCAUCUUCUUGGCUGUGAAUGAUCGCAACCGGCAGAAAUCUAUCUAUGUAAAACAAAGUCCAGAGGCCGAGUCCGUCCAGCUUGGACAGCCGAUCCAUCUCCAAUGUUCCCUUCUGUCUGAGGACAAAGAAAACCCAGUCCAGUGUCCAGGUGAAGGCAAUGUGCACUGGGUCAGAGCCGGUUCAGGAGAAUCUCAUCCAGGAAUUAUUUACAUUCACAAGAACAAAACUGAAGGACAAAACAAUAGGACGUGUGUCUACCAUCUGUCCAAAACCAUACAGGACUUGUCUGAUUCUGGGACUUACUACUGUGCUGUGGCCACAUGUGGACAGAUCCUGUUUGGUGAAGGAACAAAAGUGGAGAUAGGUAUGAAGGUGCCUUUCACCUCUGCUGUGUGUAGUAGCUGUGUUGGAGGAUGCAGCGGCUGA